UGGUCUACAAGUCCGACCCCAGUGUUCUGUAAUGUCCAAGUACACGCCUCUGGGAUCUGCAGAUUCAAAUUAUAGCCAACCAUCGUCAGACCUGUCUCUGGACGAGGAAAGAGAGGCGCUUCGGCGGGAGACUGAGAGGCAGGCUCUUUUAAAGCUUGAGAAGGCUAAGACAAAGCCUGUGGCAUUUGCUGUUCGUACUAACGUUGCUUAUGAUGGAACAUUGGAUGACGAUAGCCCUGUGCAUGGAUGUGCCAUUUCCUUCGAAGUUAGAGAUUUUCUCCAUAUCAAAGAGAAAUACAACAAUGAUUGGUGGAUUGGAAGGCUUGUUAAAGAAGGAUGUGAAGUUGGUUUCAUUCCAAGCCCUGUCAAAUUAGAAAACCUAAGGCUACAACAGUCUCAAUCUCGCAGUAGUAAACUAUAUACCAGUAAACUUAGCUCUUCAGCAAACCUGGGUGGCCUAGUCAAUGAUGUCCUCUCAAAUACAAAACCUACAAAUUCUCGAGGCUCAACACCUCCUACACCAGGUUUUGAAGCUGAUCAGAAUGGACUUGAUGCAAACAUUGGUGAAGACAGUGAUAGUGUCAACAACACCAAAAUGGCUAAGCCUACAAUCACACCACCACCAGCAAAAGAAAAGAAGAAACCCUUUUUUAAGAAGUCUGAGAAUGUUCCUCCGUACGAUGUAGUGCCUUCGAUGCGACCAGUCGUUCUCGUGGGUCCUUCCCUCAAAGGCUAUGAGGUCACAGACAUGAUGCAGAAAGCAUUAUUUGACUAUCUGAAGCACAAGUUAGAAGGAAGAAUAAUCAUCACCAGGGUGACUGCUGACAUAUCACUAGCUAAGCGGUCCCUUUUGAACAACCCAAGUAAAAGAGCAAUCAUGGAAAGAUCAAAUAAUAGGUCAUCAUGUUUAGGUAAGGUUUGA